AUGGGCAAGUCUGGCAAACAGAACAAGGAGCGGAAUGGAGCCGCAGCACCUCGAGGGCGUGGCCGUGGGCGCGGACGUGGCAAUCCUCGCGGGCGGGUUACACGGAACACGCCGCGGGACGGACCGCGGGACGUAUCGGUGGUCGUGCGGGAUGACUCGGAAGAGGACAGCGAGGAGGGCUCCGAGGGCGAGGGAAAGGACUCGGAGGAGGAGUCUGAGGACGAGUCCGAGGAAGGUUCUGAGGACGGGACUGGGGAAGAGUCGGAGGAGGAGAGGCAGGUGCGCAUUGCCGUGCCAGUCGCAAUGUGGGACUUUGACCACUGCGACCCUCGCCGGUGUUCGGGCAAGAAACUCGCACGACACGGCCUCUGCACUGCGAUGCGAGUCGGCCAGCGUUUCCGUGGUGUCGUCCUCACGCCGAAGGGAAAGAAGCCGAUCGCACCUUGCGAUGACGAGGUAGUCAUGAUCUCCGGCCUGGCAGUCGUCGAGUGCUCUUGGGCACGCCUGGACGAGGUGCCGUUCGGCAAGAUCAAAGGCCCGCACGAGCGCCUCCUUCCUUACCUGAUUGCGACGAACCCCGUAAACUAUGGCAAGCCGUGGCGGCUCAACUGCGUCGAAGCACUCGCGGCGGGAUUCUACAUCACAGGCCACCCAGACUGGGCCGAGGCUCUGCUCGCCAAGUUCACUUGGGGACAUGCGUUCUUCAAGAUGAACGGGCAUCUUAUCGCUCGGUACCGCACGUGUAAGACACACGAGGAGGUCGCGGAGAUGCAGGAGACGAUUCAGCGCGAGCUGCAGGAGGAACACGAUCGGCAGAAGGCAGAGAAGCGGGCUUAUGAGAAGGGCGACCUCUUGCGCGCCAAUCCCAACCAUGUUGGUGAGGAAUGGCAGGAUAGCGACGAGGAGGAGGAGGUCGAGCCACCAAAGACGGACAAGUUCGGCAACAUCAUCGAGGUCGAGGUGGACAAGUUCGGGAACACGGUGAGGCCAGCGGACGACGACGCGGACUCGGAUGAGGAGCGCGACGAUGUCGAGCAGUUGGUAGCGGGUGUGGCUGGUUUGUAA